AUGAUAUAUUUAAAUAGUAUAUUGGAUGUGUUAGAUAAUAGUGGAGUGUUAAAAUUUAAAUAUAUUAAUUCUUUAAAUAAAUGUAAAAAAAUAAAAUAUGGAGAUAUAUUAAUUGGUAUAGUUUAUAAAUUAUAUAAUAAUAGUCUAUAUAAAAAAUCAGAUAAGUGUAAAGGUAUUUUAAUACAACAAAAAAGAUUUUUAAAUUUAAAGUUAUAUUAUUCUAUUAAAUUUAAUAAGAAUGCUGUUAUUAUUUUAAAUAAUAAUUUAAAUUCUAUAGGUACUAAAAGUAAUUAUUAUAUUUUAAAAUAUAUUAAAAAUAAGAUUAAUAUAAAUAUAAAAAAAUUAAAAAUAAAAUAUAUUUAA